AUGUCUAGUUCUUGUAGUCUCUUUCUAUGCCUUUUGCUAUCUUUUGCAUUUGCUACAUUUGCGAAAACGCACUACCAUCAGUUUAAUGUUCAAGAACAAGCUGCAACAAGGCUAUGUCGAACCCAUAGAAUUGUUAACGUUAACGGACAGUUCCCAGGGCCGACACUAGAUGUACAAAAUGGUGAUAGUCUCGUUGUUAAAGUCACGAAUGCCGCUCCUUACAAUGUCACCAUCCAUUGGCAUGGAGUACGCCAACUGAGGAAUCCUUGGGCUGAUGGACCUGAAUAUGUGACCCAAUGUCCAAUCCGGCCAGGAGCAAGUUACACGUAUAGAUUCACCAUAACAGACCAGGAGGGAACAUUGUGGUGGCAUGCACAUAGCAGAUGGCUAAGAGCCACGGUUUAUGGUGCACUUGUUAUCCGUCCUAAGUCUGGUUCUUCAUAUCCUUUUCCACAGCCCAAAGUCGAGUUUCCUGUUAUUCUAGGGGAAUGGUGGGAUAGAAAGGUCAUUAGUGUCCUUCGACAAGCAUUGUUCACUGGUGCAGCUCCAAACAUUUCAGAUGCUAUUACCAUUAAUGGACAACCCGGGGAUCUUUUUAGAUGCUCUAGCCAAGGGACUACGAAACUUGUAGUGAACCAAGGGGAUACGGUCCUUCUGAGGGUCAUCAAUGCUGCACUCAAUCAACAGCUCUUUUUCAGUGUCGCUAACCACAUGUUAACUGUUGUCGCUACUGAUGCCCUUUACACAAAGCAAUUUACAACCAAUGUGAUCAUGCUUGGACCUGGUCAAACCACAGAUGUUCUCCUGACCGCUAAUCAGCAGCCUGGGCGUUACUACAUGGCUGCACGAGCUUAUGCAAGUGCUCAAAAUGUUCCAUUUGACAACACCACUGCCACGGCUAUCUUGGAGUACAAUUCUGCUACUUCACAGCCAAUUUUGCCACGACUUCCAGCCUAUAACGACACAAACACAGUCACUGCGUUCUCAAACCAAUUAAAGAGUCCGGGUAGAGAAAAAGUCCCUACUAAAAUAGAUGAGAACCUGUUUUUUGUAGUUGGGUUGGGGUUCUUUAACUGCACUCCUGGACCUAGAUGUCAAGGGCCUAAUAACACACGAUUUGGCGCUAGCAUGAACAAUGUAUCCUUUGUACUACCAAGACGGGCUUCUCUGCUUCAAGCUUACACACAAAGAAUUCCAAAUAUCUACACCACAGACUUUCCACCUGUUCCACCUGUAACGUUUAAUUACACGGGGAAUGUCCCUCGUGGGCUAUGGCAGCCUGUCAAGGGAACAAAACUUUACAAAUUAAAGUUUGGGUCUAAUGUGCAGAUAGUGUUGCAGGAUACAUCCAUUUUUUCAACCGAAGAUCAUCCGGUUCAUCUUCAUGGCUAUCAUUUCUACAUUGUUGGUCAAGGUUUCGGUAACUUCAAUCCGUCAAGAGAUACUGCUAACUUCAAUCUUUUUGAUCCACCACAAAGGAAUACAAUCGACGUCCCAGUUGGGGGAUGGGCUGCCAUCAGAUUUGUAGCUGACAAUCCAGGAGUCUGGUUGAUGCACUGUCACAUUGAAACUCAUCUCGGUUGGGGUUUUGCAAUGGCAUUCAUCGUUGAAAAUGGAGUCGGUGAAUCUGAAACAUUACUACCCCCACCUGCUGAUCUUCCUCGAUGUUAAGAUCAUUCUAGCAACAGCAUCCGUUUUCUAUGUUUGCGUGAUUCGA